AUGGAUUCUGAUUAUGAAUCAGAAAUUGAAGUGCCCAAAAAGAAAAAACAACUACAAAAUGAAGAAAAGAAAAAUAUAACCUUAGAAAAAUCCUUUGAAAACAAAAUUUCUCCUGAUGAAACAUUUGAAGAGCCUAAUGUUAAAAAGGAAUUAACAUCUCCUUCGUUCAAAAAGAAAAUUAAGAAAGAAAAGUCAAAUACCAAUAAUUUUAAUGAAUACAAUAUAUUGUAUAAAGACCUUAAUACAAGUAUCAAUCUUUCCAACUUUAAAAAAGAGACUAGUUCUGAAUUUGAUUUUUCCCUGAAAAAAAUUUUAGAUAAUGUCAAUAAAAAAAUAAAUCAGACAGACCGGAAAAAGAAGAAACAAGAAAAUAAAUAUAACGUGAUCCCAAAAACACUCUUUGAGAAAGAAUAUUCCACAUCUAUUCAAGAAGCAAGGAACACAAACAUUACAAUACUUAAAAGUGAAGAAAGUUAUAGUGAAGAUGUAGAAAAUAACGAAAAUAAUACCCUUCAAAGCACCCAAAAUUUACAUGAGAAAGUAAAUAUGAAAAAGAAAAUAAAAAAAUGCAAAAUAAGGGACAUUAAAAGUAUAAAAGAAUCAAAUACAGAAGCCCAGGAAGAAAUUAUUGAUUGUGAUAUUCCCAAGGAAAAUAAAAAACACCAUAGGUCAAAGGCAUUUUCUUCCAUAGAAAACUCAUUUGGUAAUGACUCCAUUCAAAAGAAGAAAAGAAAACACAGUGAAGUUAAUACAAAAAUGUUGCCUGUAAAGAAACAAGAACAUUGUAGUCAAAUUAAAGAUGGAGGUUUAAAUGAUGAAUCUUUCGCAAAUGAAUCGAGCAAAAAGAAAAAAAAAAUUAAAAAAGAGUCAAUAAGUUUAGAAGAUUGUUCUUUAAGCAGCCAGGAAAUAACUUUGGAAGUUAAGAAAAGUAUAAAGAGUAAAAAACACAAAAAAGAAACUUCAAUGGAAGAAAAUUUGGAAUCAAAUUCAGAAAACCUAGAGAAAAUAAUUAUUUGUGAUACUCCUAAGAAAAUAAAAAAAUUAAAACAUGAUAAAGAAAUAAAUGAUGAUUAUCUAUCAGAAGACAAUUCAUGUGAUAAAUUCUACAGUAAAAGAAACGGAUUUUUUCCACCCAAAAGAAGUAGUACAUUCACUGAUUCUCCUGAACCCACUGUUGAGGAUUUAUUUAAUGUUACCAGUUCAGAUUUACAGGUAAUAAAGAACCUCGAAAUUCAGUUGCCAUUUUUUAUACCGCAGUUACAUAAAAUUGCAACAUGCGCGUGUAAAAUAACCAAAAAGAAAAAAUCAGAAAUAGAAGAUUUGGAUAUUGUAGUUAAAACAGGUCCAUAUACAAAAGAGGAGGAUAGACAAAUUAAGAAAAACUGGUUGGAAUUUUGUCAAGAGCAUGAUUGGGACGAACAUCAUCCAUCACCGUUUUUAAAAUUUAAACAUGAGUCCCGUGAAUUUUUAAAAUUAAAAGAAAGAACUAAAUUCUUACAGUUUUUGGGUAGAGGUUUAGAAAAUAGAUAUCUAUACAGUAUUUAUGCCAGAUUUAAAAGAUUGUAUUUACAUACCGUUAUAAAAACAGGAAGGUUUUCUGAUGAUGAAGAUAAAGAAAUUUUUUCGUAUAUUACAAAUUCUACAUCUAGAAUACCAUUUGUUGAUUUGGCAAAAAGCUUAAAUAGGGAUAAAAUUGCUAUAGAAAAAAGGUAUAAUUACCUACUAACUAAUUCAACUACUACAGCAAAAUUAAAAUGGACUGAUGAAAUCAUUCAUCAAUUUAUUAAGAGAAUUAUGAAGGUUACCAAAUGCAACGAUGUGAUGGCAUUAAAAAAUAGGCAGAUUACACUUAAAGAGUGGUCAAAAAUAGCCCGGAAACUUGAAUUUGGUUUAUCAUCCAGACAGCUUCAAAGGAAAUGGAAAAAUUCCGUGUAUGUUAGGCUGUUUGCUGCUGAUGCUCUCACUCCGCAACAAAUUAAAAUAAGUCUAAUAAAAAGGUUCCUAAAGAAGAAAUACACAGACUGGAAGGAAAUUAGUUGGACAGGAUUAUCAAAAAAGUAUGAAGGUUAUACUGCAGAUAAACUGUAUUCUUUAUUCAAGAAUAUGGUGUAUAAAUUUGUACCAAAAGAAAAGCAAGAUAACUUGGAAGUAUCUUUAUUGUACCUGGAUAAAAGAAUAAUUCUACAUCAGGCACAACCACGUUCGUUUAACAUUUCAAUAAUAAAAAUGGAAGAUAUUGAAUCCGGAUGA